AUGCCGGCCGAGAUUCUAUCAGAGCUGCCACUGAGGCCAGCACCAAGAGACAUCAAAAUCCCCAACACCAUGCACAAUGAAGAGAGGCGGCACAAACACUCUCGCUCCUCCUACUCAGAGCUGUCCCCUCUCAUGUCGCGGAAUAACUCUCUGACUUGGCGUCCUGCCAAACGCCCCAUGCCGACCCCCGAUAAGACGAUUGCGGUCAUCAACGCCGCCGGCCGACAGGCUGCUUCUUUCAUCAGAGUAGCCACUGCCGUUGGCUUCCACGUACGAGCCCAAAUGAGGAAUCUCGAGGGUGUUGUGGCCACCGAGGUGUCGACGAAUCCCAACGUUACCGUUCUGCAGGGCGAGCUUUACACCAAAGAGACCCCUGCGGAGAGUGAGAAGGGACAAUGUGUCGACGUCACCAAGAAUGGUCCCAUCUCCGGCAUCGGCGUGAACCACGCCCUCAUUUCCGAACUCUUCAGAGGCGCUCAGCUCGCCUUUAUCAACACCACGUUUUACGGAGACGAGGAAAGGAUUGGCAUAGCCCUGGCAGACGCUGCUAAAAAGGCCGGAGUCCUACACUACGUCUACUCCUCGAUGCCCGACCACCACGCCUACAACAAGGACUGGCCAUCACUGCCGCUCUGGGCAUCGAAGCACCGUGUGGAGGACUAUGUGAAGGAAAUUGGCAUUCCGGCAACCUUUGUCUACACCGGCAUCUAUAACAAUAACUUCACAUCGCUGCCAUACCCCCUCUUCUGCACCGACUUGCAGCCGGACGGAUCGUGGAUCUGGCAAGCGCCCUUCCAUCCAAACGCCAAGCUUCCAUGGCUCGAUGCUGAGCACGACGUGGGCCCGGCUAUCCUGCAGAUAUUCAAGGACGGCGUCAAGAAGUGGGGAGGUGGCAAGCGCAUCGCCCUAGCAUACGAGAUGCUCACCCCUCUAGAAGCAUGCGAGGUCUUUGCCCGGGGCGUCGGCCGACCUGUACGUUACGUCCGCGGACCAAUCGAGGUCAAGGUCAAGAUUCCCGAGGGCUAUCGAAUUCAGCUGGAGGCGCUCGAGGAGCUUUUCAACCUACACAAUGAGGAUCCCGAGAAGCAACCCCCAUACUUCGGCGACAUAGAGCUGGAGAGAAGUUGCCCCCGGGCGGCCCUGGAGCUGUGGGAAGGCCCAAGAGGGUUGGAGGAGUACGCUCGCGAGGUGUUCCCACUAGAGGAGCAAGCCAACGGCCUCACGUGGAUGAUCGAGGAGGACGACGGAGGCGGCGGCAAUAAUAUCGACAAUAAUCAUAAUAACCACCACCAGCAGGAGGAGCAUUACCAACACCAAAAUGGACAUCAAAACGGGCACAAUGGGAUGAAUGGGCAUAUCGUAAAUGGUGGAGUCGAUUCCGAGAGCGAGGAGGAAGAGGAGGAUUCCGAUUCCGAUGACGAGGGAUUGGUGAUGCGGGGGAACAAGCGGGCUGAUGAGGAGUGGCUCGCGUAG